GCAGCAGCGGCAGCAGGCACGCGCACUACCUACCUAUGCUAUGAUAUGAUAUGAUCUGAUAUGAUUGCGAGCACCUAGACAACAGCUAGCUAGUUAUGUCUGCCCGCCCGCGCCCGCGCCCGCGCGCAAUCUUCGAUAUACUCCGUACCUAGUUAAUCGACGUCGAUACUUCGUACAUCGCCAUCGAUAUUCCGCGCGCCGUACCGCGGCGGCGGAGCUAAGAAAGGGGCGGGGCCUUAACUCGACUCCACCUCCUCGACGCACGCGUCGUUCUUAAUGGGCGGGUGUUAUGGACUGGGGGAGGGGAGUGUGUUGCCGCUGCCGCUGUUCGGCGACACUAAUCCGUACUGCGUGCGCGCGUGGCGUGUUAUGGGUGCGUGGGCUGUUAGUUGUGACGGGGUGUCGGGACGGAAGGGAGCGAGCGAGCGAUGGGCGCGAGCGAGGGGCGGCUUGCGCAGGGGGUAGCGAGCGAGUUGUGUGUGGGUGUGGGUGUGGGUGCGGGUGCGGUCGGUGGUGGAAUGGAGAGGAGGGAGGAGUGGUGAGGGGAGAGGGGAGGGGAGGCCGGUCUAGGUGCGUCUCUGUUCUGUUCUGUUCUGUUCUGCCGCUGGCUAGAUGGGUGUGGUUGAAUUGGGGCGUGCGCGUGUCUGUCUGGCGAGGGGUGUGGGUUAGUCGUGGCCGGUUUGUGUUUUGUCGGAGCAAUGAUUUUGGUUGGUGGAGAGUUGAUGCAAAUUAAAUUUAAUAUUUCUUCUUUCUUUUUUUAUUUAUUUCUUUUUUUCCC